CUCAUGCUUGGAUUUAUUAUUGUGCUGUCCAGUCAGUUUGGUUCUUGUGUUCCUAUGAGUGAGCUGUUGUCACUGACAAAUGUUGAAGAAACUUAGUUGAGGAACAUAUACUGCCUUGAGCUUCUGACUUUUCCCGAACAUUUAACAUUGGCGACGAAGGUGGGAUCGAUGAGCUCCCACCGGCUGCCAGAGGCCCAAGACCGCACCGCAGCACCACGCCUGCCGCCUCACAGUAAGCUCGACCUCACCGCUACGCUGGACUCAGCAAAUAGUCCUGGAAACGAGACCCCACCUGCCGCAUCUUCGCAACCACCCACAAUCACUGGGACCUGCGCCAGCUGCGGAGAAAACCACGAGCGUUGGACAUGCAGGUUUCGGGACGCCACAUGACGCCACUGUGGGAAGACUGGGCACAUUGGACGAGUCUGCCACUCCAAGACCUCCAAGACCUCCAGAGCACGACCCAAGCAACGUGUCCACAAGGCCUACAUAGAGGAGGAGUUACAGUCCACCUCUCCAGCCAAGGUACUUCAACUUCCGUCCCCGGGGCCCAAUAAGUUUAGGGUACAACUCAAGAUAGAGGGAAGCCCAUGCACUAUGGAGUUGGAUACCGACUCAUCCUACUCCAUAAUAUCUGCUAAGACUCUGAAAGAGCUUUGCCCUAACGGCAGUCCUCCUCUUCGUCCGGCCCCCGUAGUGCUGCAGGACUUCCAGAGAAAAAGAAUCCAGCUAAAGGGGAUGGGCACCUUCAAGGUCCAGUUUAAGAAGUACACCAAGAAUUUGAACCUCAUCAUAACUCAAGGCCCAUUCACUAGCCUUCUAGGCCUAGCAUGGUUCAGGCCAUUGUUUCAGGGCUUAAUCAGAUUUCCCCAGGGGCAGAUUUCGAAUCAAUCUGCCAGGAGUUUCCAUCAGUCUUCAAUGUAACCCUAGGCCUGUACAACGGAUCCCCGAUUUCCCCACGACUCAACCCCACAGUGUAACCCAUUCGGGUCAAGGCCUGUAGAGUCCCGUUUGCGCUUAAACCCAAGAUGGAUGAGGAGCUUGAUCGCCUAGUUGCCCAAGGGGUCUUAGAGAGGGUAGCUUUGGGAACCUGGGAAACCCCAAUUGCCACACCGGUUAAGCCGGACGGCUCAGUCUGUGUCUGUGGUGAUUACAAACGCACCCUGAACCGGGCCUUACAGGACCACGCGUACCUGGUUCCAGUGGUGAGCCAUGUGUUAGCAACCCUGGCUGGAGUUAGCAUGGCCCCAGGGUUAUUUCAGAGCCUAAUGGACCAUCUCCUUAAAGGCAUCCCCGGAGUUAUGCCGUUUUCCCACGAUGUGCUGAUCACCGCAUCGUUGAGAGAGGGCUUUGCCGCCAAAUUACGGAUAGUGCUCCAACUCUUUCAGGUGGCAGAGCUUAAGGUAAAACAGAAAAAGUGUCUGUUGGGAUUGAGCAGUGUGGAUAUCUUGGGGUUCCGGGUUGAUGCGGGCUGCCUCCAUCCAGAAGAGGACAAAGUGCGCACCAUUUGCGACGCCCCAGAACCAAAGAGCAAGGCAGAGUUACAAGCCUUCUUGGGACUUCUUAAUUUUUACCAUGGGUUCCUGCCGCACAAGGCAGCGCUAUGGGUCUGGAGCCCUCAACAGGCCAAGGCAUUCCAAGGGGUCAAAGACUUGCUUGUGUCCAACUCAGUGUUGGCACACUUUGAUGAAAAACUCCCGGUGGUGCUGGCUUGUGAUGCUUCCCCUUAUGGAGUGGGUGCAGUACUGGGCCACCAGCUUCCGGAUGGGAGGGAAAUCCCAGUGGCUUACUUCUCCCAAACUCUCACGUCGGCGGAUGUCUGAUCAACAAGGAGGGUUUGGCAAUAGUUAAGGGAGUCAAAAAGUUUCAUGACUACCUUUAUGGUCGGCCUUUCACUAUCGUUACCGACCACAAGCCACUCCCAGUGGCGUAGCGUGGGGGGUGCAGGGGGGGCCGGCCGCACCGGGCGCAACAUCGGGGGGGCGCUCGCACUCGAGUGCUAAAAUCCACGGGUUAGGGGGCGCAAAUUACUUGCCUUGCCCCGGGUGCUGACAACCCACGCUACGCCACUGGCCACUCCUGGGACUCUUUGCGCCCAACCACCAGACACCCCAGAUGCUUUCGCCACGAGUAUUGCACUGGUCCAUUUUCCUGGCCGGUUACCAAUACUCGCUAAAGCACCGACCCAAGAAAGUCAUGGGACACGCAGAUGCACUCAGCUGCUUGCCGUUGUCAGAGAGCGGCCCUGACCCUGCUCCUGCCCACCAGAUCCUGCGGCUGUCAGACUUCCUGGACCAGCCCUUGCAUGUGAAGGACAUUGCCACUGCAACCGCGAAGGAUAGGCUGUUGUCCCACGUCUCAGACUGGGUGGGGAGUGGGUGGCCCAGGAAGCCGGGUCCAGAAUUUUCAUGCUACACAGCCCGCAAAUAUGAGCUGUCUACUCACCGAGUAUGCGUGUUAUGGGGUAGCCAUGUCAUAGUUCCCCCCAAGGAAAAAAGUCUUAGAAGAGCUGCACGUGUCUCACCCAGGAAUUGUCCGGAUGAAGGCAUUGGCCCAUAGCUAUGUGUGGUGGCCAGGCAUAGAUGCGGAGAUAGAGGGCUGGGUGAAACGUUGUGAGCCCUGCCAGGUCUCCCGGCCGGAUCCACCUAAGGCACCAGUACAGUCCUGGGAGUCCACACAGUCCCCAUGGUCCCGAGUGCAAGUGGAUUUCGCGGGGCCUUUUCAGGGCCAGCAUUUCCUAACAGUGGUCGAUUCUCAGUCCAAGUGGCUUGAGGUGGUGCCGACCUCCACAGUGUCCGCUAGAGCGACUAUACACACAUUCAGGAAGCUAUUUGCGACACACGGCUUGCCAGACACACUGGUGAGUGAUAAUGGGGCCGCUUUUACUUCGACAGAAUUUAAAUAAUUUGUAACCAAGAAUGGAAUUCGCCACAUUUGUUCCGCUCCUUUUCACCCGGCCACUAACGGCCAAGCUGAACGCAUGGUCCAUACUACCAAAGAUGCUCUUAGGCUCAUAGUGCAUGGAGACUGGACACUCUGGUUAGCAGAGUUCUUAUUGGCCCAACACAUCACCCCAAGCGCAGUGACCGGCCAGAGCCCGGCAGAGUUGCUUAUGGGGAGGAGACUCACUACCCUCCUUGAUCGUCCGGGCUCUUGAGCAAUGGCCAUCCACUGUGGUGCGGGGGGGGGGGGCUCCAAGAGGGUUCUCCCCGGGGGUCACUGUGUACGUCUGAAACUAUGGGCCCGGACAGGGUUGGGUCCCUGGUAUGAUUGCCCGCUGUACAGGUCCAGUUUCCUACGAGGUAGGGUUGGAGGGGGGACUGGUUUGGAAGUGACCUCAACCAGAUCAGAGCCGGGGCACGUCCAAACAUGAAACUUCAAGCGGAACCAGAGGACAGAGAAAUGGGUACUUCGGGGGAUUCUAUGCCCAGGCCAGGGUGGGAACCAGACGGGUUGCCGGUGACUGAGUUACCUCAGCAGGGUGACUUCAGGCCAGAAUCCUCAGUGGCUCCAUUGGCAGUGACCCCUUCGGAGCUGGCCUCGCUGACCGCCCCACUCAGACUGUGGGUACCGGAGGAACCUCCUGGGUCACCCACUCAGGCACAGGAACCGCGAUGGUCCUAGCUGGAGCGGAAAAGGCCGGCACACCUUGACGACUAUGUUUGUUCCUUUUUUUAGGAAGUUGGGGGGAGGAGUGUUCUGUAUUGGGUUUCACACAUUAUGUAUUGGGUUUCACACAUUGGGUUUCACACAUUAUGUUACAAGGCGCAUUCUAACCAAUCAUAGAAGUGUUGGUAGUCGAAUGUUCUAAUGGCAAGUAAGCACAUGCACUUUCAGCUGUCAACGGUCAGUUCAUGCUCAGGUUUAUUAUUGUGUUGUCUAAUCAGUUUGGUUCUUGUGUUCCUAUGAGUGAGCUGUUGUCACUGACAAAUGUUGAAGAAACUUAGUUGAGGAACUUAUACUGCCUUGGGCUUCUGACUUUUUCCGAACAUUUAACAUAUACCAAGUAGAUUCAAGAGUAAAUAGUGUUAUUUGCACUUCCAGCCCGCUGCCUGCUUUGUUUCAGAUUUGCAAGCCAUCAGACGAGCCUUUCCCAGAACUGCAAACGGUGCUGAUCAAGUGAGUCCGUCUACACAACCAUAAUCAUAAAAAAAAAAUCAAGUGGAACUAACACAGCAUGAGAACUAGCUUGCCUGACAUGCUUGAGCCAAAAGUGUGUCUUAAAAAAAAUUGAACCCACUUAAGAAAAUAAGAAGAGCGCCACCGGAUCAGGCCAAGGCCUAUGCAGUUCAUCAUUUUGUUCUCCCAGUGGAGACAAAACGCUUCCUAGAACUCCUUUUAAAAUUUGUGUUUCUGUUUGCACUAUCUUAAGUGCACCACGGAGACAAAUUACACUCAGAUUGCGACACAUGCAUAUGUGGGAGAGUUUGCACAGAGGAAGAGUGUACACGCUUGAUUGCAGCCUGCCUCUUUUAAAAUUUGCACUCAGCAAAGGUCUUGGAGCUCUACAGCCAUCGAGAAUUUUCCAUUUAUAACUACAUAAAAGCCUCUAAUUUCUAUGCUUUCUCUCUUAUAUAUGUGGGGUGCCAUGGCUUAGUUGGUCAAAGCGCCUGUCUAGUAAACAGGAGAUCCUGGGUUCAAAUCCCAGUGGUGCCUUUGCAUUUCUGAACUGAUUCUUUUUUCCUUUUUGGUCAUGAUCUAAAAGUCUUGCAUACAACAACAACAGCAAAAAGGAUGAUGUUAAAGAAAGCAUGCACACGCAACAAUUACUGUAAAGCAGGAAAACAUUCAUUAAAAGAGUAUUUUAAAAAAAUAACACUUUCAUGAAAAAGAGCUAUUUGGGAAAUAUUUUUAUUAUUUUCUUAAAUAAUGUGGAAUAAAAUGAAAUGCAGACAGGUGUCUUUGGAGAUGGAUUGAAAGAGAAACAACUAUUUCCUUAAACUAUUACAUAAAAGGUAUAUUUGUUUUUUAAAAUGCAGUUUAAUUAAUUAAAGGUAAAGGGACCCCUGACCAUUAGGUCUAGUCGUGGCCGACUCUGGGGUUGUGGCGCUCAUCUCGCUUUAUUGGCCGAGGGAGCGGCGUACAGCUUCCAGGUCAUGUAGCCAGCAUGACUAAGCCACUUCUGGCGAACCAGAGCAGCACACGGAAACGCCGUUUACCUUCCCGCUGGAGUGGUACCUAUUUAUCUACUUGCACUUUGAUGUACUUUCAAACUGCUAGGUGGGCAGGAUUUAAUUAAUUUAAUUAAUUAGGGACAUGGUUAUUCCGGGUUCCCAAAACCUAUUUCAUCGAUAAGACUAAGACUACUCUCGAGCCGGCCAAGGAAAAAGAAAGAGUUCUUCUGAACAUGUACAACGUUCCUUUCUUACACCUGUGCCACAAUCACAGUCUGCUGAGCGUAAAGGUAAGGGUUUUCAGGUGAAACGAUAACAUUUCCAAGCUAGUCUGGGGCAGUGAGCCCAAUAUUGUAUUUUAGAAAUUAAGCAAGGCACAGAUCAAGCCAAAGGUCAGUGAGCAGUCUGCAUCUAAGUUUAGCUAAGCAGCACUAUCUAUCUUUCACAACACCCCCACUCGCACAUUAAAGAUUAAGUUAGUAAGACUUCAUACAUAUACAGUACUGUAAUUCAAAUCCAUAUCACUUAGUCUGUAGCGUUAUAAUUGCUUUUGAAAAUGGAGCAUUUUUAGUCCCUCCGUCCCCCCAUAAGUAAAUAAGAAAAAAAAAAUCACCAUCUCCCCGUCGGGGAAUCGAACCCCGGUCUCCCGCGUGACAGGCGGGGAUACUUACCACUAUACUAACGAGGACCUGGUUACGUACGGGCUUUUCACAAGGAUAGAAAUAGCUGCUACAAAUGAAGUAGUUUACAAACUUUUAUAUUAACAUCAUAUUUUGCCAUGGUUCAAUUAUCUCCUCAAAACCAUGCAUAGUUUUUCCAAUCCUGAGCUUCAACUUACCGUUACGCAGAACUGCAAGAAGUUUUUAAUCAAGGAAAAGACUCAUUCAGGAAAGAAAGGAAGAAGGAAGGAAGAUGCUGCAGAGCAGGUUGGAUAAAAAUUUGCCCAUGCAUGCACAUUCUUCUACAGAAAUAACAUAUAACCUAUGCUCCCUUUUCAUUCCUCUUCUUCCUUUAUUCCCUGAACAGAAAGUUUAAUAAUUGUUUUGAGAACGAAAACUGGAAAACAGUAUUUUAAUAGUUUUUUAAAACAGCCAUAAAAAUAAAUUAAAAUUAAAUUUAAAAAAAGGACUCUCUGCGUUGGCCGGGAAUCGAACCCGGGUCAACUGCUUGGAAGGCAGCUAUGCUCACCACUAUACCACCAACGCUUACAGAGGAAACAUUCGUGAGUUAUCCCUGCUAUGCAGCAUACCUCAAUUGUGACCAGCCAUGAACGAGAAGCAGAUUGACUUGUCUCCCUCCUGCUGCACAUAAAUUUUGUGCGUAAAGUUAACCAACGAUUUCUCAGGGCAAAGCGCAAUGUGAGGUAUGUUCAGGUAACCAGACUUCAGCCGUAUUAGGUCCUGCGAAAUUUAAACUUCCAGGAGAUAGUGUAUCAUCUAAGCAUAUAAAAAAUGCGUAACCCUUACCAGCUGAAAAACAAACAAAUCCAGCACCCAAGUUUGAAGGGUUGAUGAAACUUUUUCUUUUUCAAUCGCUUUCACGUCUGCUUUUCAGAAAUUAAAAUGUGAACGACUGAAUCGACCAAGCGGGACAUUGAAAAAGUACACACACCACCAUCGAGGCUGAAUCCAUUCUUUGAAACACUCUAAGCGACAGGAACAGCAAUCCCAGUUUCUCUAACCCGUCUAUCGUGAGUGUUGCGCGGUUUGUGUAAAAUGACACAGCUAGCAAACAGCAGGCACCAUUUCUCCAGCCCAAGGGUCGGUUACCGUGUGAAAGUAUUAUUUAAAAAUGGAGGAAACCACAACAAAAGAAGCGAGGUUUUAAAGAUCCCAAAACAAAAAAAAUUACGUAUCGCGUAGUCGGCAGGAUUCGAACCUGCGCGGGGAGACCCCAAUGGAUUUCUAGUCCAUCGCCUUAACCACUCGGCCACGACUACGAAGUGAUAAACAGCCAUGCAACCUUUCAUACUAUGGAAAUAGCUACGAUUUCAGUCUGCUUCUGUGCAAGUUGAUGUCACGGAAGGUGACAUUUGAGCUUAGCAAUUGAGACCAUACUUAAUAACUUCCAGUCGGUACAUUUUCCUCGCCGAACACCACAGGACUGUGUUUUCUAAAUUAACCCAAAUCAUCAGCCUGCAGAGAGCUUCCUCUUCCAUCACUAUUUUAAAAAGACUAACACCGUGAUCGUAGGAACGGGCCAACAAAGUUACGGCACACCUUUGAUCCCCGCCACAUCAACACAAACGCACGAUGGAUUUCUCAGUCCAGCCAGUUUACGCUGCUCAGUGGCCGGUCAUCAAACAUACCAAAAAACAGAUAAUGUACACUUGUGAAUGCUUCUUGUGUGAAUCCUGAGCAAGUGCCCAGUAACCACGUAAUGACUUUGCACGUGAGAACCAAUCCGUAAAACGGGCAGCACUCUCAAAGGCUUCCAUAAUAUACCUUGAGACAGCACCCUUGAAGUUCCUUAAAUUGUAGUCGCGCAGCUGGAUGUACUGUACUGUAUAGCAAUUUAUUGCCUUCGUCGAUGAGGGUGCUUCCUUCGUAAUCUUAUUGAAAUUCGUACUUUGAAGGUAUACCUUUUUAAAAAAUGAAUAUAUGAUGAUGCAAUGAUAAAGCAUAAAGGUUUACAUUAUUAUAAUAUGCCAAAGGUUUACAUUGGGAAGAGGGAGAGGGGAGAAUGUAUUACUGUAAUCUGCAAAUACGUGGGGGGGGUAGGAGUUCAGAAAGUCAGGAUGGCCGAGCGGUCUAAGGCGCUGCGUUCAGGUCGCAGUCUCCCCUGGAGGCGUGGGUUCGAAUCCCACUUCUGACAAGAUUUACUUUUAUUACAUCGACUUCUGUUAGUACAGUACUUCUGCCAUUAAAAAAAAUUCUGCAGUUUCAAGGACAGGGGCGUGGAGUUGAAGUGCUCACGUGGCUUGGAUGCUUCUACUCUUUCAAGCUACUUUCUGAACACGCCCCUUGACAAAGAGUUCUGUGUAGCUCGAAAGAUUACCCCGUGCUUUUAAAACAUAAUCCUUUUUGAAUGCUUAUUCCAACUUAACUGUCGUGCUUACUCCGGUGGAUGUUCUGUGGGGCAAAACCACUUCCCGGGGCGGCCUGGUCUUAAAAAGUCAGGCGCACCAAGAUGUGAUUGUGACUUAAGAAUACUUCAGGAAAAUCUUUCCCAUUUACUUUGAAAUCCUUGCUACG